UUUCAAAGGGACGGGUCAGUUUUCAAGCCCCAUCCAAAAAAGAAAAGCUUAUCCUACCAAACUUUUCAAUCAACAUAAAAUAAUGGUUUCAAGAAAAUAAAAUAAAAUAAAAAUAAAUAAAUAAUGGCUCCUGAGGCAGUUUCACAUUACCAAACGAAAACUGCUCUACAAGGGAAAUGGAGAAUGAGCAGCUUCAGAGAAUUGAUUAUGGUGGCUCUCUCCCAGUUGAGAAUGUUCAAGCUCUUGCUUCCGAGAACCUCAAGGAAAUCCCGUCUCGCUAUGUCCGGCCUGAAGCUGAAUUUGAUCAGGUUUCUGUUGAAGAUCACUCGCUUGAGAUUCCAACAAUUGAUAUGAGCAAACUGCUUGAUGAAAAACACCCAUUAAGCCCCCAUGAAGAAUUGGCAAGACUUCACUCAGCUUGUAGAGACUGGGGCUUCUUUCAGUUGAUCAAUCAUGGAGUACCAAAGGAAGUCGUUGAGAAAAUGAAGAUUGACACACAUGAAUUCUUCCAACUACCACUAGAGAAGAAGAAAACUUACGCUCAGCUUCCAAAUAGCAUUGAAGGAUAUGGGCAAGCCUUUGUUCAGUCUGAAGAGCAAAAGCUUGACUGGGGAGACAUGCUCUUCCUCCUCGCUCGACCUGUCUCCGUGCGAAACAUGAGAUUCUGGCCCACACAUCCUACUUCUUUCAGAGAGAGCAUGGACAAAUACUCGCAGGAAUUACAUAAAGUUGCAAUCUACCUAUUGAGGUUCAUGUCUUGGAACCUGGGGCUCCAUUCUGAGGCAGUCACUAGUCUGUUUGAGGAUGGAAGGCAAGGGCUGAGAACAAACUUUUACCCGCCUUGUGUGCAGGCAAACAAGGCAUUGGGUAUCAGUCCCCAUUCCGAUGCCACGGGAUUGACAUUGCUACUCCACGUGAAUGAUGGCCAAGGUUUACAAAUUAAGAAAUAUGGUAAAUGGGUACCCGUGAAACCUAUCCCAGAUGCAUUCAUCGUAAACAUAGGUGACGUCAUUGAGAUAAUGAGCAACGGAGAGUACAAAAGCAUAGAGCACAGAGCUGUUGUGAACACAGAGAAGAACCGCAUUUCUGUUGCUGCAUUUCAUGGUCCACAUACAAAAGCCAUGGUUGGUCCUUUACCAGAACUUGUAAAAAAGAGUCCAGCUAAGUACAAAACUAUAAGCAAUGAGGAUUACUUGAGGCUUCUUCUAAGCAGAAAGCUUGAUGGUAAAAACUUGAUAGAUCACAUGAAGCUAUAGUGGUGACUCAAUAGAACUAUAGUAAGGUGUCUUGUUUUUUUUUUCUUAAAAAAA